GUGCCGAUGAUCACAGGAGAGUUUUGGAACAAGUGCAACUCCUGGUCAUCAAGAAUGUCCAGCUCUUACAAGCUUCUCGUCAAAAAUGCAAAACAGGUGGUUCUGGUCUGCAAUAAUGCAGAGAAAUACCUGACUAAAAGUGGGAUGCAGAAUCUGUGCGUCAUUGAAAAUGGCAGCGUCGUGAUUGACAGAAACGGGUUGAUAAGAGCGGUGGGACCCUCAGACGCUAUUUCCGGUCAGUAUCCAGACGCGUCUUUCGACCAAGUGAUUGACGCUACAGGGAUGUGUGUCCUGCCAGGUUUAGUUGAUGCACACACUCAUCCGGUUUGGGCUGGUGACAGAGUGCACGAGUUUGCAAUGAAGUUGGCAGGUGCCACUUACAUGGAAGUGCACCAGGCUGGUGGAGGGAUCCACUUCACGGUGGAACACACUCGAGCUGCAGCGGUGUCCCAGCUGAUGUCCUCUCUGAGCAGCAGGUUAGCUCGAAUGCUGCGGGCUGGAAGCACCCUGGUGGAGUGUAAGAGCGGCUACGGUCUGGAGCUGGAGACGGAGCUGAAGAUGCUGGAGGUGAUCGACAAGGCCAGGGAACUCUUACCCAUCAACAUCUCCUCCACCUACUGUGGUGCACACGCCGUGCCCAAAGGGAAGACUGUUGCCGAGGCCACGGCGGACAUCCUGCAGGUCCAGCUGCCAAAGCUUCGGGAGAAGAUCACAGCUGGAACUCUGUGUGUGGAUAACAUUGACGUCUUCUGUGAGCAUGGGGUUUUCGACAUCAGCUCCACCCGCCAGAUUCUGCAAUCUGGGAAAGAUAUGGGCCUCCACAUCAACUUCCACGGAGACGAGCUGCACCCCAUGAACUCUGCUCAGUUGGGAGCUGAGCUUGGAGCUUUAGCCAUCAGUCACUUGGAGGAAGUCACAGAUGAAGGAAUUACUGCGAUGGCAAAAUCUAAAACUGCAGCGGUUCUUCUGCCAACAACUGCUUACAUUCUGCGGCUCCCGCAGCCUCGAGCCAGAGACAUGUUAGAGGCUGGAGUCAUCGUGGCCCUCGGCAGUGACUUCAACCCAAAUGCGUAUUGCUGUUCCAUGCCAAUUGUCAUGCACCUGGCCUGUGUCAACAUGAAAAUGUCCAUGUCUGAGGCUCUGGCUGCAGCCACCAUCAACGCUGCCUACGCCCUCGGACGCUCCCACACCCAUGGUUCCCUGGAGGUCGACAAACACGGCGACCUGCUGGUCAUUAACGCCACACGAUGGGAGCACCUGAUCUACCAGUUGGGAGGACAUCAGGAGCUCAUCCGCUACGUGAUCAUCAAAGGGAAUAUUGUUCACCAAAAUGACACUGUGCUAUCAUUAUAAGAAACAGGAUUUUGUGCUGCCUGAAAACUACUUUGUCACAGGUGUUUCUCUCAGUAUUGACAUGCCACUAUUUAAAGAGUGGAUCACUCACCUGAAAGUGCUGAUGAAUACAGAGUCAGAAUAAAAUGGUGUUUGU